UUAUCGUAGGUACUCGGCCGUGAUCAGAGCCGUUCAACCCUUUCCGGCACCGUACGGCGGUAUAAGGAGAUUUAUGAAUGCGAACGUGUGCGGUAGGCUGCAAACAGCGUCGUACGAAUGCGAACAGCUUUACGGCAAAACGCCGUUUUCCCGUCGAAAGACGUCGUUUUGCGUGGGCCGAGCCGAUUUAUGACUUAUUCGCUCUUAUUGCGUUGACAUAAAGCUUUUUCCGUACGCGAUUUGCCGAAACGGCGUCGACUAGUUUGGGGAGACCCUUAAUCGACGUCUAAAGUUUAAGUAUUUUAUGUUUAUCACUUCACUAUUCUAGGCACCAACAAUGAUCAAAUCAUAAAACAAGCACAAAUCACCAAUUAUAUAAAAUUGUAAUCACUGACCUUCACUCGGGGUCAAAUACCUCGGUUCCAGGCGCCGUAGGUUCUUUUCCAGGAUCGUCACUUCUGAUUUGUACGAUAACCGUACUACGGGAACCACAGGAAUCGUAAAUAAUCACCACACUUUAUAUUUAAAGUACUUGAUAAUUUAUUCAGCAACACUUAGAAGCUAUUUUUAUCAGCGACCAGUAAGUAAUCAAUUCAUUUCAAUUGAACAAAGACAACCAAUGUUGCCAACAAGAUAAUACAUUUCUAUAUUGAUCUUUAUUUUACAUUAACGACAUUAACCUUUGCUUGUAAAUACUUCUAAGCUAUUUAUAUACAUUAAGUUUAAUAUUUAAUUAGAUUAAAAUACAUAUCCAACUAAACUUGUAUAAUUAUAAUCUAUGAACAUUAGAAGCAGUUAAUCACUAAACUCAAAUGAUUUCAAUUAUACCCUCAACUUUCAAUCAUGAAAUACAAUGUUUACAUUGUUUACCCACCAUUCGCUAACAAUACUCAUCCUGCAUUAUUCUUCUAAAUUAAAUAGUGAAUUGUUUGUGACGAUACUAUCUACCAUAGAAAUCUUAGUAAAAUUUAUCAGUACCUAAAUCAUCGAGCUGAACUUCAAACAAUCAUUUAUAUUUGUUACUUACUUAUAUAUAAUAAUAAAAUCUUUAUUUCGUAAAGACAUAAGUAUGUUACAUGAGUAGGUAGGUAUAUAAAAUAGACUUUGACAUUACUUAUUACUUUAGGUUGCUACAUUCGUUGCCGUCAACACUAUAAAUAUAUUAUUAUGAUUUGGUAUCGAAUGUAUCAACAUUGAAUAAGCUUAUAAUUAGGUAACUAAUGUUUUAUUGUUCUUAACAAUCUCAUUUGUGAUUCAUCACUUUAAGUUGUCAUUAACAUCCUUUGCGUAGAAUGCUGUCCUUUACCUCACAUAUUAGUUAUAAACUGUAUCACGGUGAUUUAUACUACCAUUACAUUUUAUGCUUUUAACAAGUGCAAUAUAUGUCUCGUGCAUGUAUGUAUGUGUCACAGUUACAUGAAAUAAAUGAUUCCAAAUUCAAAUAUUUAUUAAUGAUGGCAAUACUAUUAUCUAACAUGUAACUUACUACGACUACGGUAAUCAUGACACUUAUCGCACGGAAUCUCCACAAAUAAAAUGAAUGCAUAAAAAGGUUUAUUUAUUUAUAUGUUCGUUGUGCGAUGAAAUCAUACAUAAUUACACUAUAGGUCAAAGUGCAUUAAAGAAAUAACCACAUAGUCACCUAAAAGGUAAUAACUGUAACAUGCGCAUUAGUAAUUACAGAUUUUAUUUAAUGGCGUGACAAAUGACUUAAAGCCCUAAUUUCAUGCAGACUACGUGUGCCGGACGACAAUGUUUUGAGUCCAACACUGUAAAAUGGCUUUGAACAAUUCACAGCUUUUCAUCAACAGCGAAUUUCCAUUCAUUAGACAUAUGAGUAAGAUAGCUGCAAAAAUUGCUUUUUAUAAUUUUGAAUGGCGAUACGUUACUUUGGUUAUGUUUAACAAUAUUAAGUUAAUUGGUCUAGCGACGUUUUUAAGAAAUUACAAUCAGACAGUACAGCUAAAACUGGGACAAUUUAUACCUCAGCGUCGACUAGCAUCAAUACAUCAAUUUGUGUUGUUUGGACAGCAAUCUUCAGAGAUAGCAGGUAUGAUUCGAUGGCUUGCCCAGAACCAGUAUGAUACAUCAGGAAAAUAUGUCAUUAUGUGCUAUUCUAUCAAAGGUGAAAAAUGCGCUGAUAAAGUAAUUUUCGAAACAUUAUCCAGCGUGUUUAUAGUAAAUGUGUUAUUUAUUAAAGGUUCCCUUGGAGACAAAGAGCCCACAAUAUCUUCGUAUUUUCUUGUUUUGCCAGAGAAAUGCCUGAAUAGCGAUCCUGUAAAAUUAAACAUAAGUUUAAAUUGCUUGGAUGAUUCUUGUUUUAAAUCAGCAUACCCAGAAAAGUUUUCGAAUAUGUAUCAGUGCCCUUUUAUUGUAUCAACCUUUGAGCAACAUCCAUUUAUGUAUUUGAGUAAUGAUAGCGCACCACAAGGUAAGGACGGUGACCUUUUAGCAUUAGUGGUGGAUAUUUUGAACGCUACACUUGUCUUAAAAACACCGAAGGACGGCAACUACUGGGGCGAAUUCGUAAACAACAACUGGACAGGGUCUCUCGGCGACGUGUUCAACGGUGUAGCUGACGAUGCGAUGUGCUCCGCACCGCUAUCUCCUGAUAAAUAUGCAAAUUUUCAGAUUUCUUUCACGUACAGUUCCAUGGAUAUAGUGUGGGCUGCUGGCCUACCUGUCGUGAAGCCAGCUUGGGAAAAACUGUUAUACCCUUUGCAAAUUAACGUAAAGAUGCUAAUAUUUUUUUUGUUUAUUGCAAUAAUUUCUAUGAAUACACUUACAAAAACGCGUGUUUGGAGGAAAGUUAUACGAGCCCUGAAAAUAAGCCCGCCGAAGUCAAACUUGCUAUUUUAUUCUUGGGUUAUAUUCAUGGGGCUGCCUGUUAUUAAAAUGCCGUCAAAGCCAUCUCUACUAAUGGUAAUCGGAAUCUGGAUUUGGUUUUGCUUUAUUAUCAGAACGGUGUACCAAGCGGCGCUGAUAAGCAUUAUGAAACAGAAUAUUUAUGACGAGCCAUUUGAUACAUUUGAAGACGUCCUUGCGGCCAAAAAGCCAUUUGGAGGUAUCGCUAUUUACAAAGAAUACUAUUCAGAUGAUCAUUUCAUAUACGACAAUUAUAUUGUCAUGAACCUAGCAGAAGGAUACCAAACUGUAGACAGUAUUUCAAAUGGAAGUUCAGACUUUGUGAUUGCUAUGAACAAAGAUACAGUUUAUUUUAGGCUAAUGGCGUAUAAAGGUUCAAGACAUUUACAAAUAAUACCGAAUAAGAUUGCAAAUAGCCCAACUGUUAUAUUUUUCAAGAAGUUUUCUCACUUAACUCCUCCUGUGAGUCGUAUCUUGAGUGCUUCUCUGGAAGGCGGAUUUAGUGAAAGAAUGUACGCCCGUUUCUUCAGAAAGGGUAUUUCACUACUCCAUAACUCGAAGCAUCAACGCACAGAAGGGCUUCGGCUGGAACAUUUUAUGGGCAGUUUUUUUACUUUACUCGGCGGUUACGUUAUUUCAAUUAUAUUUUUUGCUGUUGAAGUAAUAUUUGGAAGAACUACAAAUUCUCAAUACUAAUUGUGUAUUUGCUGGCGUAGGUUAUAUGCUGCUAAUAUUAGAAAUAUUGAAAAUUGUAUCUAUACCAUACCUACGUACAGUCAGCGUCAAAUAUUUUGUAGCAGUCGAAGUGGCCAAAUAGUUCGGUACACCAUACUAAAUAUAUGGUGUACCGAACUAUUUGGCUACUUUGGUUGCUACAAAGUAUUUGACGCUGACUGUACAACUUAACAAUUAGAUGUUAACAUUUUAAGUUAGGAAAGCGUACUAUUCGAUUGGAGAAUACAUGUAUGAUUCAGAGUAUUAAUUAAGUAGGUAUAUUUUAUUUUUAUAGAUUAAGUUUGUAAAUAUGCAUGCACAUGGACAAUAUUUGUAUGACUAAUGGCUAAGCAUAGUGAUACCUUUUUUAUACAAUUGUCUGAUCUAUGAAAACCAAUGUUUCCAAUGAAUAUAGGGGGCUUUGGUCUUUUUUUAUUUAUUUGAUAUAUAAAUACCUAGCUGACCCGGUGAACUUUGUUUCACCCAGGUACAUGUAUAGAUUUGUUUACGUUGAUAAUUGAUACAUAAAAAAUCUCUCUAUCUAUGUUUGUUAUUUUUGUAAUCUCACAGAUUGCUGACUUUUACGCGGAAGAGCACAGACAUGCUAGAUUUAAGUAGCUUUCAUUCCUGUUACAUGGACAUAGGACCUUUAUGACAAAUGAAAAUAAAUACUGAAAACUUCUGUCCUGACAUGACUGGUAUUUCAUGUUACAGAGGGAAAUUUCCCUUUUUGAAGCAGCUACAACACUGUCAGAAAGUUAGUAGUUAAAUUUUCGAGGUAGGUGACUGUAAUAGAACAGGAAACAGUCUAGUGUAUAAUUUGGAUAAAAGACUCCCUAAAAUUCUAACUGAUGGACGGCAACAAAGUUUUGUUGAGUAAUUACUCAGUCAGUGAAUUUAAAACGGACCACGGUGUCGUACGGCAGAAUAUUUCCUACUGAGUCUCACUUGUUUCUUGAAAAUAAAUGUAAUUACAGUUAGUAAAUAGUCGAGGAAAUCGAUUUUUUUGCCGUUUAUGGUUCACUUUACAUUGAUUUGAUUGAUUAACUUGAACCGCAAAUUGCUAAAGAAUCAAUUUCCUCAACCGUAAACUAAUAGUCCGAUCUAUAAACUCGCGAUUUGCAAACGUGCGAUUGAAAAAUUUAUACGAGUAGGUAGUCUGAGCUAAAACCGCGAAAAUCGAAGUUCGUUAAUUGCGGGCAUUUUUCUCUGCCACUCUAAUUACGCCUUAGUGAGGGUAAAAGAGAAAGAUCCCCGGAAUUUGCGAGUUUCGGUUGUCGCGGUACUCGCGGUAAGCCCCCUGUUAACCAGUCUCUUAUACCUAAAAGCGGAAUCAUAUAUAUCAGUUUAGUAUUCCGCGAAAAAAAAUAAAAAAAAUUGAAUUUCAAGAUGGCAGCCGCUUUUUUACAAUUUUGACAAUUUAUUUAUAUAAGAGGGUCUUUCGGAUCCUUAAUUAACUUUCACCGUGGUUGGAAUAAACAUGAAGAAAUGUAAGAUGGUAGCUAUUUUUACUUUUUUCUGACUACUGAUACUGAUUAAAUGGUCUUUCGGAUCCUCAGAUAUCAAUUUUCAUCAUGAUCAGACAAAAAAUUGAGAAAUACAAGAUGACGGCCGGUAUUAACAGUUUUGAUUACAGACUCAUCAUAUUAAGAGACCUCUCGGGCUGUAAUGAAAAAUCAGUCUUUUAUUUACUAUGUCGUGCCAACGUACAUACUUGCAUAUUGCACUAAAAACAGAAGUUUUCCAAGCACUAAUGUGUAAAACAAAUGUGUGUAAGCGACGCUUGAUAUUUUAAUUAAAUGUGUUCGAAUUAGAAUUUGAUGCAGUGUAGCUACUUGAACUGCAGGCUUUUAUUAUUCUAGACUAUGAGUGAAUAGGCCCGAACACGUGACUCCGCGUCGUUUCUGUGAUAAAAUAUUCGUGACCCAAAAGUUAUCGGCAAAGUUAUUAACAUCAGCCUUAUCGUAACCUUAGGGAAAUUAAUUUAGAAUCAAAUAACUCACAGCCGAAAUUAGCUUCAGGUGUUUAUGAAUAAUAAGCCUACAAUAUGCUCAUUGCCUUCUUGAAUAACUUGACAGGCGAGGUCCACUUUUGGGGACCCGCCAUUUUUUAAAUGGUGUUAGCUAUAGUUACAAAAGAAAAUCGAAUCAAACACCAGGUGUACCCAAGCGGGUACAAUUUAAAAUAAUCAGGUAUAUGUAAUCAACAUAGCCACAUAUAAAUAAUAUUAUAUAUCAACUCUUAUUACUCUAUUAUAAUAAUAUGGUAGUUUUAACCCUGCGGAGGUAGAUUAGGCACGCCCAGGUUCGAAACCGAUGGUAAACGUGAGUCAAAAACAGUCCACAAAUUAGUCCGAAUUGUAGCAUUUCUGUUGCGUUCAAGGAAUUGCUGGGAGGCCAAUUCUGAGUUAACAAAUUGUUAAGGUUUUGAUCUUUUUAGGGUUCCGUAGUCAACUAGGAACCCUUAUAGUUUCGCCAUGUCCGUUUGUCUGUCUGUCUGUCUGUCUGUCCGCGGCUUUGCUCCGUGGUCGUUAGUGCUAGAGAAAUGAAAUUUGGCAUGGACAUAUAAACCAAUAAAGCCGACAAAGUCGUACAAUAAAAUCAAAAAAAAAUUUUUUUUAGGGUACCUCCCCUACACGUAAAGUGGGGGUGAUUUUUUUUGUUUCAACCGUACAGUGUGGGGUAUCGUUGGAAACGUCUUUCAAAACUAAUAGGGGUCUUUAACAAACAUGUUUAAUAAAGUGAAUAUAUUCGGAUAUAAUCGCUCCGAAAGAAAAAAAAAUGUGUCCCCCCCCCCUCUAACUUUUGAACCAUAGGUCCAAAAUAUAUGAAAAAAAUCGUGGAAGUAGAGCUUAAGAAAGACAUUAAAUAAAAACUAUAGCGGACAUGAUCAGUUUUGAUGUUUUUAAGUUAUCGCAAAAAGUUUCCCCUUCAUAGUAAAAAGACGUAACAGUUAAACGUUAUUACGACAUUAAAUGGUUUUAAAGAUAUUUGGCAUUAUUCAU